GCGAAGAACGCAGCUGCAAACAUUAAUGGCUCGUCAGAGAAUUAAAUGGAAUAUUCCUGCGCUGGAUCGCCAUGGCUAAAACGUGUACCUCAGCAGAACUAUCCGUAAACUGCAACAUGGACUGUUUGGUUGCCAAAAAAGAUAGAAAAUGGUGGUAUUUUAUCGCAACAAGCGGUGCAAUCUUCCUCGGUGGAUUGUUGGUCAUACUAGCUUCAAGGCUAUUUAUUAAAAUAUGUAACUCAAAACAGAGCAAAUUAAACCCGACUAAAAAAGAUGCCAAUAAACAGCGGAUUAACCGAUCGCUCGUCGUGCCGGAAAUGCAGAAACGAGGGAUUUACGUCAAACUCAAAGAACAGGCCGGUACACUUAUAACAGCACAAACCUUCAAGGGCCGAUGUUUGGUUAUAAUUUCAUUCCUCCUUAGCAUGCUUUACAUCGUUUUGUAUGCUGUAGAGGCAAGUUACCCCAUUGAACAUUGUCUGGACAUGAAAACACAGAAGCUCUGGAUAUUUGAUAUUGCUUUCAAUCUUUUCUUUUUGCUUCAUUUCCUUCUUCGGUUCCUUGCAGCUAAUGACAAGCUCAUGUUUUGGGUGGAGACUCUAUCUUUGGUGGACUUCUUUACUAUUCCUCAAGUAUUUGUCUCUGUUGUUCUUCAACAGAACUGGCUGGGAUUAAGGUUUCUCCGUGCAAUGCAGUUUAUUAGGCUAGCAGAUAUUCUUCAAUUCGUGGGAAUUAUUAACUCCAGUGGGGUCAUUACACUUACAGUCAUGAUUGGCAACUUGUUCGCCCUCAUUUUUACAUCUGCAGGGAUUCUUCAUCUGGUGGAAAAUUCAGGAGAUCCUUGGAGUUUCAGAAAUGGUCAAAGCUUAAACUUUUUUGAUUGUCUUUACUUUUUAGUGGUUACAAUGAGUACAGUGGGAUUUGGUGACAUAUCUGCCAUAACAUAUUUUGGAAGAAUUUUUAUGAUCAUUUUCAUUUCCAUUGGCCUGGGUAUGUUUGCCACCUAUAUCCCAGCAAUCCUGGAAUAUUUGGGUAGCCACACAGUUUAUCAUGGCUCAUACAAACUCUCUGAAGGAAGAAGACAUAUCAUUCUUUGUGGAUACAUCACCAAGGGGAGUGUAGAAACAUUGUUGCGGGAUUUCCUGCAUAAAGAUCGCUCAAAUGUUGCCGUAAAUGUGGUCAUCAUGGGAAACUUUUUGCCAGAUGCAGAAAUGCAGUCCUUGGUCAAGAAACAUUUUGUUCAUGUAUCUUACUUCAAGGGCACAGUUCUGAGUGCAGAGGACUGUAAAAGAGUUAAGAUGAAAGUGGCUGAUUCCUGUAUUGUACUGUGUAACAGAGAGUGUAUUAAUCCCAGUGAAGAAGAUUCAGAGAAUAUCAUGAGAGUUGUAGCUGUGAAGAAUUACUACCCAGGAAUAAGAGUCAUCAUCCAACUGCUACAGUAUCAGAACAAGUCUUACCUACUGAAUAUCCCAUCUUGGAAUCCCAAACGUGGAGAUGAUGUUGUUUGCAUCAGUGAGCUCAAGCUAGGAUUUAUUGCCCAAAGCUGUUUGUCACCAGGAUUUUCAACCCUACUGGCAAAUGUUUUCUCAAUGCGAUCUCAUGAAGCAUCAGAUGCGACAGAGUCAGACGCAUGGAAGAAGCAUUACAUUGAAGGUGCAAACCUUGAAUUGUACACUGAAACGUUAUCAAGUUCCUUCAAAGGGAUGACCUUCCAACAAGUUGCUGAGAUUUGCUUUGGCAAGCUUGGCCUACUGCUCAUUGCRAUUGAAACUAUUAAACCUGAUGGAGAGAAAGUAUUCAAUAUCAAUCCUUUGGAUAAGACCAUUGAGCAACGGACACGAGGAUAUUUCAUUGCCGAUUCUGCUUCUGAAGUCAAGAGGGCUUUUCAUUACUGUGUGAAUUGUCAUGCUGAUGUGAAACAGCCAGAGCUAAUAAAAGAGUGUGACUGCUCCAAAGGAACCCUCACUUUCCGUGGACUAGGCAAAGCUGUUCUCAUCACUGCAACUGCCGCGAGUAAAAACGAGACAGAUGUUCAGUUAACUGGUUUAGUCAACCAUGCUGUUGAUCAUGACAAAGCCUACUUGUGUUUUGCACCAGAAGGCAAACAAAGCAAUGGCAAACCACCAGGCAAGUUUAAAGUGUGAUUUUGAUAUUUUGUCUCAUUCCUUUUAAUGGCAUUGCGCAUCUUUUGUGCGCAUGUUUUCACGAGUGAUAGCACUGUGUCAUGAAUAAAAAAUACAACAAGAAAAUAGCGGCUUUUUUUGUGUUGCUGUAUCUAACUGAAGAGAUAAAUGAUCUUUAUCUCGGAAACGGAUUCGGUGAUCUAUGAUCUUUUUGCUAUAACCUUCUUAGUCUGAUGAGGAUUCUGCAGCAAUUUUCAGCGAGGAAAAAUACUCCUUAAGGUCAUUUUAGGCGAAUGACCUAAGAACCAAGACUGGUACCUGCAAAAUUCCUGGCUUGACUGCUGCUUCUGGCGUGGUUAUGGAUAAGACUGGUUGUUCGUUUGUUUGUUUGUUUUUUUGUUUUGUCAACCAAAUAGGAGUUAUUGUGCCUAGUGAAUCACCAUGGUUAUUAAGGAUGAGGGACUACACUUUAAAUGGCGAGGGGCUGUCAGAAAGGUCCCAGAAUGAAUCUCUGAGGGAUUCGAAAGAAUCGUAAAUUUAAGUGACUCGCUUUUGAGAGUUUCAUUAGGGGUUUGAAGUCUCGUGUUGUUUUGAAAUACCAAUAGGUUAUUUUCUUUGCACUCUGAAGUGGAAAUUACUUUAUUUUACCUGUUUCAUAGUGCCCUUGGAUUCGUGAAGCAAUUUAUGCACUUGCAAUAAAAAAGAAAUCGAGUAAAGUCACCUGCACAUUAAAAACAGUAAAUUAGUCUUUAUAACAUCACGAAUAUAUUUUCACAAAGGCAUUGUGUACAAAUAGUAGGAAUAGGAGUUGGUAAAGUAGAUGUUUUUUAUA